AAAUAUGAUGUCAUCAAUGGCUAUYUGUGCACUAACUACUUCAUCGAGCGGCCGCUUUGUAUAACAUUUCUUGUGUUGUAUUUUAAAAGUCAGUGACAUAACUCUUUAGGAUUCUAUGGUAAAAGGUCCGACUGUGUCAAAGAUUGUGUGACUUCCACYUAUUUGGCUUUUUGCGUUACAAUUCGUUUACAGUAUCCCUGGGCAGGAUUAUCMGCCUGUGAAGGCCUCUAAUGUGUGGCUUAUUUGAAACAACGAUAAUUCAUAAUGCGGUUUAAUCAACGAGUUAAGAGAAAAUUUAAAUGGAUUUUURUAGGAUUUAUACUUGUUAUAUUCAUAAAUUUSGUCGUKUUUUCGAAAGAGGAAAAGGAGGAAAGGAGCAGCGUCUUGUUCGACAAGGAAAACAUCAGAUACAAGGAAUUCGGCGAUUGUUUGUUGUAUGKUGGUGGUAGAUGGAAAUGCCCCGAUGUUCGKACAAUGAGUGAUAACAAAUUACGGCAAGCACAGCUUGUAACUACAAGAAUGCUGCUGGUUAUUGAUGCUCUUACGAAGAAACACGGACUCCGGUAUUGGCUGACUCGAGGAUCGCUACUCGGUGCUGCUAGACACCGUGGACAUAUCCCAUGGGAUACUGACGUAGAUAUUGAAAUGCCCCUGGAAGACUACCUUGAAUUUGUUCGGAAGGCUUCCUCUGAAUUAUCAGCUGUAAAGCUAACCCUUCAGCACCACACUAGAGAAGCUUCGUAUUUACGGAAAACGAAAGAAAAUAAAAKAUACUACAUCACAAAUGAUAGAGAAYUCUUAGCCAGGGCCAUGAGAUCUCCCUGGAACCCAAGAUUGAGAGACGAUGGGAGCUGUUUUGGCAYUUGUUUAAAGAAAGGAUGUUGGCARGAUGGACUUAUGAUUGAUAUUUUUCCUGUUUCAUUUUCCGAAGAAGGAUUUUAUGAUAUUCAGUUUUCAYAUGUGAUGGAACAUAUAUGGUGGAAACUUCGUUUUUAUCAGACUCGUUUUAGAGCGUUYCCYCUGAGCASUCUUGAGUUUGAGGGAUUUAAGAUGCCCGUMCCAWAUGAUUGGAAGAAGAUUUUAACAUUGAAAUWUGGUGAAGCACACAUGGAAAUACCUCCUCGUAGUAUUCAGAACCCGGGAAAAAUCCCUGAACCACUUCUUUCGUGCUCGCAAUUGAGAAAAAUAAGAAAUGUUGAGUAAAUACGUCGAAUCCUGUACUUUUAUGGUCGUUAGUAGGUAUAAUAUACAACGUUCUUCACUGAAUCGUCAUGUCUCUUUUUUGACCUGAAUGUCAAAUUUGAGUGAUACAAAAAAUGUGCGAAUAUUUACAUAAGCUUUAUAUAUACAUUUGGUUGUUCGCUGAAUCCUCCAUCCCUCAGCGCAGUCUCCUGGGUCACGAAAACCAUGAAAUAGAUAUUUCAGAACAUUUUAUAGACAGUGUUGAUUAGAUCYGAAAUUAGCAUAAUUUUGCAUCUAUUUUGUACUCCUAAUGUAAAAAUCGUUAAAAACAAUAUCAUGUAGAAACAAAUUACGCAGGUUCCACUAAGUAGUUAGGUAGUAUUAAAGGAAUCGAUUCGAUUUAAWUC